GCAAACUGUAGUUUUGAUGCGUAGUUUGGGAUCAAAACAGUGAAUCUAACUCUACCAGAAACAAUAUCACUGUCCUUUUUAAAUAGCGCGCGUUCUAGAAUAUAAGCUGAAUCAUCACAUCAACAUUCCAUUUUUUUACCACUUACAUUGCCAAUUUCCCCAUAUAUUCCUUAUAUAGGGCUUCACCAUCAUAGUACGUGCAGUACGAAAAAUUAAUUGCUGUUAUACGACCUUCCGCAAGGCUUACUGACCUUGGUUCACCAGAACUGACAUUGAACACUGAGAUAGAAGUGUUGGUUUUGAAGCUGUCGACGUCACGAAUAAUGGAACAAGGACAAAAAACAAGGUAUUUACGACAACUUCCAAUCAUUUAGUAGCAGAGAUAGAGAUGGAACACCUCAGGCAAUGAGUUCUCCUCAAAUGACGUAUUAUGGGGGAUAUCCUGUAAAUCACGAUCAAAUGCAAAGUUCCUAUGUCGAUUAUGAUCAUAAUCCCUUCAAUAAUCCACCAAACUUUAGCUCAAACCAGGAUACCGAACAACCGCCUAUAAGUACAUUUCCUGCCUCCAAUUCUCACCCUGAACUAGGUGUUAAGUUCGAAGAGCCUACAGAUUUUCCCGUUAAUUCUUCAAUAAGUGGAAACUAUAGUACAAAUAACAAGAAUAUUGUAAACAGUUCACCCAGUUCUGGCUGCAAACCAGAGUCUUUGGCCAAUAGCGUUGAUAAUGCACUUCAGGGAGCAGGACUAUCGAAAAACGACAAUGCAAUACCUCCAAAAAUAGGAAAAGUCAGUCGUUCGGCUCAUCGACCCAAGUUACCUCAGCAAACACUUACAUCUAGUAGAAGUACUCAGAAAAUUCAUUCCAAGUCUAGAACCAAAACAACCCAUCAAGAAGUGUCCACCGAAUCUUCCAGUAAGGAUGUACAACAAUUCGAUCCUUUUGCUCAGUGGCAUCAGAUUAUGUUGCAGUACUACAGCCAAUUUUAUCCAGCGUAUCAAAUCGCCCCGCCACAGGUGCUACCUCAACAAUCUACCGCUCGCCUUUCUACGAAUAAGUCAUCGAAAACCCCUGCAAGUCAUACACUUAAUCCUACUAUAAAACAUGGACCUGAAGGAUUUCAAGUACCAUCUGUAAAUCAAACAGUACCAUUUGACUAUGCAAACUAUUACUAUCAAUGUUACGCUGCAGCUGCACAAUUUUGGUCUGGUGGUCAUCCAUAUCAAUUUUUCGGAACAGGUAUUCCUGAAACUCCACAUUUUUACAAUACUCCACAUAUAAAGGCUUGGAUUAGUUGUCCUGGCGUUAUUGUUCAAGUUUUACCUUCAAGGCCAAGGAAUGGAGAAUUUGCUAGAGUUGAAAUAAUUAAUCUGUUUGAGCUUGUCAAUGAAGCUGUGGCUGAUGCAAAGAGAAGAGCAUCAGACAACACUGCACACACUUGCGACUCUGAAUUUAGCCAACAACAACCAUCCGAACAAAAUACUCUUUUUAAUAUAACUGAUUCCGGAAUGCAAACACCAAGUCAACUCUCUAGUAUUGACGUUGGAGGUGCUGAAGACGAUGGUGAAGAAAUACGUGCCUGUGUCAUGGCUGCUGCAUGUUGGAAUCAAGCGGAGCAUCAGGUUUAUCCAGGACCAUUAAAUCGUGUAGGUACUCUGAAAGCCGACGUACUUGCUUUCUUACGUGAAAAGCUUACGGAAAUUCAAGAUCGCCUACCUAUCGAUUGGGAAUCUGCUGGCCUACUACUAAUGUUCCUUGAAACCUUGGUUAAAAAUAAUGGUAAUCUGCAGAUAUCAGAUCUUGUAAAUCUUUUACUGGAAGGACACAAGCCAACUACCGAUAGUUUUAGGAGUGGUUCCUAUGGGUAUUCUUCUAGUUCUUAUCUAGGAGUUCAGGUACCUGUACAAUAUACAGGUACUUUAAACAAUUAUAAUCAUCAGGUUGGAGAAUAUAUAAACGAAUCGUUAGCUUCGUUACCUGGAAGUCAAGUUACAAGUGGUCGAGAAAGUCCUGAAUCACAUUUCAAAAUAGACUAUGGAAGUAGUUUAUUACAACACAGCAAGGCAGCUUCAGAAACUGGAAGGAUGAGUUCUGUUCAAAAUAUUAUUCGACGUAUGGGAGGAGUUCAUAUAGGUGAAAGGGGAUUGCGCAGCCAGGAGUCGGAAGGCAAACUUCUGGAUCGUUUUCGUGAAUUGUUAAUGCAUGGCUUACCAAUGAAAGCGUUAGAACAUGCUUGUCGUUCUAAACUAUGGGGUCAUGCAUUUACAUUGGCUCAUCGGAUGGGUCCUUCAACAUUUGCUAAAGUAAUGGAUCGUUUUCUAAAUAAUGAUAUAUCAUUAUCGGAUCCUAUUCUUACAUUGUAUCAAUUAACUGCUGGAGAAAUGCCACAAUCUAUUAAUACAGCGGCUUAUGGACGAGGCAUAGAUAAUGGUGAUUGGAGACCGCAUUUAGCUAUGAUAUUGGCUGGUCACUCAUCACAAUCCGAUUUAUCACUUUUAGCCUUGGAACGUCUUGGUGAUGGUUUACUAUCACGAAAACAUGUUUAUGCUGCACACUUAUGCUAUUUACUGAUGAAUUCAUUGAAAAAUAUUGAUGAUAAACAGAGGGAAUUUCGUUUACCUGGUAAAAUCUGGUUAAUUGGUGUCCCUCCUAAUCACAUUACCAGUGGCGGUGAUGUUAUUAACAAUAUUUCCGAUGAAUUCCAGGAGGAUAAUAUUGCGUCAAAUCAUAUUUUAUCUCCAUUGUUCGCUACUUCAGAAGCUAUUCAACUCACUGAAAUAUAUGAAUAUUCUAUUCAAUUGGCUAACCGUAAAUUUCAUCUACGUCAAUUAAUGCCUUUUCGUCUUGUUUAUGCUAUACGACUUUUGGAUGCUGGUUUUAUUGAAAAAGCUUAUCGUUAUUUAACAGCUAUCGGGAAUGAGAUUCUUACUGAAUUUGAUGAAGGAAUAUAUCAACUUAAACAUCCAUUCGUUUGUAACAAUGAUCAUAAUAAUAAUACAUAUGUUGAUCCAUUAUUGUAUAGUUUAAUUAAUAAUUGUCUACGAUUAGCUGAACCAUUACAAUAUCAUCCAGAAAUUGAAAGCUUCGAUCUGUUACAAUCAUCAACGAAUAGUCAAUUAAUGGAUGAUUAUAAUUUUGGAUUUCAAUUUAAAAAUUCAUCAUAUUCUAUGCCUGUACAAAAUAAAAAUAAAAAUUGGAUUGAACGAUUAAAUCAAAUCUUUAAUCAAAUGAAUCAAAAGAUCGAUCAUCCACGCUAUAAACCAUCUGUAGUAAAAUCAAGAGAAAAUCCCAGUAAAGAUGUUCGUUUUACUAAUGAAGCUAAUGAAGCUAUAGAAUAUUCCGAUCAUAAUGAUCCUAGUCAUUAUCAUCAAUCAUCACAACCACUUCAACAGCAGCAGCAGCAACAACAACAACAACAACCACUUCAACAGCAACAACAACAACAACGUCAGUAUCAUCAAUUCAACAAAGAAUCAAAUUAUAAACCAUCCGUUGAACAUAGAUCUAAUGCCCAAACACUUGAUUCUUCUUCAUUCUUAUCAACAGAUAACAGAGAUCAACGUAAAGUUAAUAUUUUCAAUUCAAAUAGAAAUGAUAAAAAGGAUAUUCCUCAUGAAGUUAAUAAUAGUAAUAAUAAUAAUAAUGAACCAAAGAUCAUCUCAAAUUCUUCUAUACGAAAUAAUAGAAAUGAUCAAUUCGUAGAUUCUAAUCAAAAAAUGAAUUUAUCUAAUCAAUCAUCUAUUCAUCAAAGACAAUUGUUUAAUCACGAAUCAUUCAAUCAACAAUCACCAUCUUCAUUAUCAUCAGCACCACUUCAUGAAUACUCGUAUCAAUCAGAACCCUAUAAUCAAUUAUCUUCUCACUCAACAUCUAAUUUUAUUCAACAUAAUGAUCAUAUACAACAUAAUUAUUCUAUGAAUUCACCUAUUCAAUUGUCAAAUUAUCCAAUGUCCUUACAAUCAAAUCAGUCAAUGAAUUCAAUGUUACAAUCAUCAGUAACCGUUUCAAAAUCAUCAUCAUCAUCGUCGGUAACAACUACAUUGAAUGAAAUGAAUAGUUCUAUAUUUAUGCCGAUCAAUCAUCAAACUGAUUCACAACUAAUAAUAAAUAAUGAUAAUAAUUCAUUGGGUUAUUCUACAUUAUCUAAUCAGCAACCAUUUGAUUAUUUUGCAAAUAUUCAAAGUAUUCAGUCUCGUUCUCGUACAGUAUCCGGUAAUUCUGAAAAUAAUACUGUUAAUAUGACAAAUUCCACGACUGUUGAUCAAUUGGAUCCUUCAUCCAAUAAUAGAAGUUUAUUAUCUACAAAAUAUGAAACAUCAUUUACAAAUGAAUAUCAUUUUCAACAACAGCCACAUCAAUCUAUAUCUAAUUUAUCACAAAUGAAUUAUCUUCCACAACCAUCUAGACAUCCAUCUUCAAUGAUGAAUGAUAAUUUAAAAGAUUAUCAUAAUACUUUUGCUACUCCUACUACUGAUACUACUACUACUACUACUACUUUUACGACUAAUAGUAGUAAUGAACGUUUUACACAGGAUAAAUCAAAUGAUUUGGAUAAUUUAGAUAAGAAUGAACAACAAUCAAAAGAUGGUUGGUUAUCAGGUUGGUUUGGACGUCUCAAGAAAAAUGGUCCAAAGAAUAUUCAUCUACCGGAUGAUUCUAAGCCUUCUAUAGUUUGGGAUGAUCGCCUUAAACAAUGGAUUGAUGUGAAUGAUCCUGACGGAAGUGAAUCAAACAAAGUACCACCACCUCCGCCAGCGCCAGCAUCUUCAUUUAUUAUACCAAAAAAUGAUGACAGUUCAAUGAGUAAUAGUAAUAAUAAUAAUAAUAGUGCGCUGAAUCCACCUCUAUUUCCUACAUACCAUCCGGUCUCUGUUCCUUCAGGGUCUAUUUCAUCACGUACUAGCAAUUCACGAUCACGUUAUGUAAAUAUUUUGGCUAAUGACACUAUAGAAUCAGGAGCAAAUAAAUUGAUCAAUCCACUUCAACCCCCACUACCACAAACAAUUAACAAUCCACGUUCAUAAUAUUCAUGAAAUCUUUCAAUUUUGUGUGUAAUCUUACUUUUUUUUAAUAAUCUAUUCCAUCUAUUGGGUAGGUAGGUAAUCUUAUAUAUUUGUGUAUGUAUAUCCUGUUUUUGUAAUUUUGUUGUUAAUCUUAACCAAUUUACAUGUCGUAAUUUCAUUGUUUUACUCUAUGUUUUCAUCUCUCUAUCCCUCAUUAAAUUAUGAUGAAAUGUAGGUCUCUACAAUCAAAUUUUAUUUUUCAGAUAAUUAGAGAUUUUCAUUGUUGAAAUCAUGAGUCAAUUGAAGCUAGACCACCAUGGAAAACCUGGAAGCACUGGACGGCCGUUUCGUCCUACUGUGGGACUGCUCCUCAGAAGUGCGCAUCCACGAUCCUGCACUCGCGAGAUUUGAACCCAGGACCUAAGAGUCUCGCGCCAGAGCACUUUUAGUGGAAUAGUUAUUUAUUAUUAUUUAUUUGAACACAUAAAUAUUGGUACAAGGGGACACCAGAUAUAUAUGCGCCACACAAAAAUUAUCAUUUCAUUUAGUUGUGUGAAGGCUAUGAUACUGUCCGGGUGCCCAGACCGAAGCAGAUGGUUUUCUUAGGGGGUUACAGACCUGAAGGUGUGAUCAACAAGGCAGUGGGGCAACGUAAGGAGAUUCAGUCCCAUGGUAGCCGGUGACCAACAGUACGUUCAUACGCCGUUUGUUCGUUCAGGAUCCUGGAUCCCAUCUGCACUAUUGGUUUGAAAUUGUGGUUACUCAACUCCCCUAGUGGACUCACCGUAUCCACCAAGCCGGUUAAAGCGCCGGAUAUCCGCUUUUUGUCUUCUUAGUUUCGUAAAAAACACCUGUGGUGCGAGAAGGCAGUGAGUAAGACUUCCUUGUCAGUGGCUGUCUAAGCGUGGUCAUGUGAGAGCAUUUCGAGAGAGAGAGGGCGAGCUCUCUGCACUCUCCACCGUAUCAGGGCGUUUGGGGGCUUAAAUGAAUAGUUCAAGUGUGUGUUCAUAAUUUGUGGAGAUGUAUUAGUUAGUUAUUAUUACCUUAGAGUCCGAUACAAAUAUUCUUAAAUGUAAGUUGCCAUAUAAAAUCCUUACAAUAAUCGCUAAAAUGAGAUUAGAUAUUAAAAAAAUGAUUUGAAAAAGAAGAACUAGAUAUGAAGUAAUUCUAAAACUCGAGAUCUUAAAGGGAGACUAAAAGUGAAUUACAUUUGCUUCAUUUAGUUCGAUUCUGAAGUAUUUCAUACUAACGUCUCAAAUCACUGAUCACGUUUGUCUCCCGAAUCCCAAAUAAAUGGUGUGUCCCAAUCAAAAAACCUCAGACCAAUGGCCAUAUAUUUAUAUGACGUCGUGAUCUGAAUAGUCAUCGUUUUUUCCAAUCUACACGAGCGGGCAUUUUGCGUCAAAGCAAGCGGUAGCUUGGCCUAUGUAUAAUGCACAUCUCAACCAACCCAGUCAAUGAAGGUCCACUAACUCUUCAUCCGAUUUGCUGUUUUUGACUAGUAUCCUUCGUCUGAACUCAACACUAUUCAUUCGGUAAUGUGUACAGCUUGGAGACUGUUGUUAAUAAUGCGUUGUUACGCUGGAACUAAUCGUAAUAUUUAGGUCCAUAUGGGUAUCACUGUAGGUUUUUUCCAUAUAUAUUUUCACUUGUUCAUUUUUCAGUGAAGUUCAGUAUAUUUAUUGUGAAACCGGAAUCUGCUAUCUUCCACCGUGAAGAUCAACCCUGAGAUACAGGUACAUCCAUCUAGAUGUCACAUAGCAUGAAACGCGUUCCUUUGAAUAAACUGCUAACCACAGCCCAACUUUGCUAAAAGUUGUAAAUAUAUGCAAUCUUCUAAAGAUACACAGAUCCCAUUUGAGACUGGAAUUUCUUUAUAUCAACAAGAGGGAUACUUACAUAUAUGCGUGAUGCUCUAAUCGUGUGCAGUUUUAUAUUGUCAGUUUGCUUUCUCACUAUACUUUAAUGCAUAAAUUGUAACAUCUUAAACUCAUACAUAUUUAUGCCCAGACCUAUCACUAUCUAUGACUUUGGCUCACUUUAUUUAUUAACAUUUGCCAAAUGCAGAAUUGUUUUUAAUAGGCUUUUUGCAAAUUGACUAGACUUAUUAGUUAAAAUGCUUGAUUUAAUUGGAGCACAUAUCAGUAGAAUAACAGUCAGUUACAUAAAUCCGUUCUAUGCAAACAUGACUUACUCGAUGGAAUUCAUUGAGUUCAAAUACAAUUCACCCGGCAUGAUCAACAUUUUGUUUUGUAUGAUAUAAAGAACAUAUCUGCUUGAGUGUCAAUUAGUCAGUUAUACCCAGUACAGAACUUGAUACAUGUUUACAUUAGUUCAAGAUGUCAUAAAUCACUAGCAUAAUCAAAUGAAAUUGUCAAGACAAAUCUCAGAGUAUUGGUACAAGGAAGCACCACAUACAUAUGCGCCGCAUAAAUCUCAUUUGAUUUGUGUGAGGGCUGUGAUAUUGCUCAGGUGACCAAAUCGAGACAGUUGGUUUUCUUAGGGGGCCACACCCCGAGCCUUUGACCUAAAGAUCUGGUCCACAAGGCAGUGGAGCAUCGUGAGGAGAUACAGUCCCAUGGUAGUCGGUGACCAAUAAUAGGUUCAUACGACAUUUGUUCCUUCGGGAUACUGGAGCCCAUGCAGUAUUGGUUUGGAAUCAGGGUUUUCCAACUCCCCUAGUUGGACCCUCCGUGUUCACCAACCCGGUUAAACCGCCGGACAUAAGUAACAGAAUUAGUGGGAAUAGAAAAGAUUAAGCAUAGAUAAUAUGAUUUGAGAAGGAAAAAUAUGGAUUAAUAGGAUGAAAAUUUUAAAUUGUAAUUUAGAAACUAAGAAUCCAGGAGCCUGCAUCAUUGUAGACAAUUUUGAACUAUCGCUCAGAGUCUCAACCGUUGGUUAUAAUAAUCACAUGGACUACGACUAAAUAGUCUGUACUUGUCUCCAUCAACAAAUAAGUUUUUCAGUAUGGAGUUGUAGAGAUAGUUAGAUUUAUCUGAGAUCACGAACCGAUCUAUGUUGGACAACUAUUGAAUACCUGAAAACACUGGACAGUUGUUUUGUCUUAGUAUCGGACUCCUGAGUAGUGCAUAUCCACAAUCUCACAACCUUGUUGAGUGUGAGGAUAAUACUCACCGUAUGGAAAGAUGGUAGCGCGAUAUGAUAAGCGUAUUAAAGUUAGACUUGUAAAACAUUGGACCCCGAUUUAUUAAUCUGGUUACAGUAAUCACGCCUAGAUCUUAUAUCUGAUUUUUUUUAAACCUAUUGUUUAAUCUCGCUAAAAAAUAACCUACGUUUCCUUUUCUUUUUCAGUAACUAUCCUCCUCCAAACUGUUGUAUUCAUAAUAUCACACUUGUGAAUCAUGUGUCUAUACACAUGUACUCAGUGAAUCUUGUGUCCUCUCCCAACUAAAAUAAAGGGGGGGGGGUUUCAAAGCACAAAUACAAAGAAAAAGAACUUUCCUUUUUUUUAUAUCUUCCAGCUAAAUAAAUAUCUAGUUUAUAUACGAUUGACUUGUUUAAUUAGUUAUUUCCCAUUUGUUUGUUUUUUAUUUGUUAAUAAACUCUUUUCUUUCUUCUACUCUGGAAUGGUGUCAUGGAAGUUAAACUAUUUCCCACCUUACUUUCACAUAUGGUUACAGUUCAUUAAUUUAAUAUUGUUAUUAUUUCAAUGGUAGACAAUGAUUCCUUAAUCUGUGAUGUUGUUGAUACUUCGUAAUCACACUAUCUUGUUUUCGCUUUCUUGUUUGUCUUUUGCUGAACAUUUUGUUCAGUUGUCAAUAUUGAUGAAAUUCUUCCUUCGUAACUCUCUCUCCUUCAUUUUUUUGAAAUCUCUAUUUAUGAUAGUUAAUCUGUUGCGAGAAUAUCCACAGAUUAAAACGAAAAGUACACACACUGACAAAAAAGUUUUUUUUUUGAUUUCCCCCUAUUUUUAACCGGUAUUUCUUUUGGUGUAUAUGCGUGAAAAAUAGAUCACAAAUACACAUGGAUAAAUUC